AUGGGCAACUCCGAAUCAGUUCCCCAACCUCCCCCACCAACUCGCUCCAUCUCCCGCCGAGAACGCCGUAUGCCCCGCGAGCAAGCUCCCGUCACGACGUUCGAUGAGAAGUUCGAUGCCCUCAAGAUUGACCAUGCUGAGACCAAGCCGACCGAGCGUGUAAUCUUCCCCUCCGACAACAGCGAACAUGUGGACGCAGCUGGCACUGAGCAAUACGUGCGUCAACUGCUCAAGGACUCGAAGAAUAGACUGGGUCUAUCCGCGUUGAGCUCGAACAACCCUGCCGCUGUGCUUGAGAAGCCGUCUUCUGUGAUUAGAGAUACCCAGUUCUUUAAUUUGAAGAUCCCUCAUGAGGGUUCGCCGGUCACCAACCAACGCAGCUCGGGACGCUGCUGGAUCUUUGCGGCAUGCAACGUCUUCAGAAUUGCCAUCAUGCAAAAGUACAACAUCAAGAGCUUUGAAUUGAGCCAGGCAUAUCUUUUCUUCUUCGACAAGGUCGAGAAGGCCAAUUACUUCUUGGAGUCGAUCUUGGAUACUGUGGAUGAAGACGUGGACAGCAGGCUGAUCGGCGCUCUCAUGGCGAGCCCAGUCGGCGAUGGUGGCCAGUGGGAUAUGAUUGUCAACCUGGUUUCGAAGUACGGCAUUGUUCCUCAGACUCUAUACCCCGACUCUUGGAAUGCCCAGAACAGCUCGGUCAUGGACAGCAUUCUCACGAGGACACUGAGGGAAGACGGUCUGAAGCUCAGAGCACUCAAGGCCAAGUCAGCGUCUUCAGAGGAGAUUGUAAAGACCAAGGAGUCCAUGAUGCAGGACAUCGUGCGAGUCCUUACUCUCUGCCUGGGUCCACCUCCAUCCGCAGACAAGAAGUUCACCUGGCAGUUCUACGACAGCAGCAACAACUUCAAGACGGUCUCCUUGACACCAAUCGAGUUCGCCGACACGACGCACGUCAAGAAGUUCAUCUGUCUCGUCAAUGACCCAAGGAACGACUAUCAGCGCCUUCUGACUGUGAAUAACUUGGGCAACGUCUGGGACGGUCGACCGGUCACGUACGUCAACGUUGAUAAGAGUGUUCUCAAAGACGCCUGCGUUGCGAUGCUGAAGAAGGGCCUCCCAAUCUUCUUCGGCUCAGACCUUGGCCUCACCAAGGCACAGAGACUGUUGACCGGAGAGUCUCAAAUGACGCAUGCCAUGGUCCUCACGGCUGUGCAUCUCGACGAGGACAACAAGCCCGUGAGAUGGCGAGUCGAGAACUCGUGGUCAGACUCCGCUGGUACAGACGGCUACUUUGUCAUGUCUGAUAAGUGGAUGAAUGAGUUCGUCUACCAGGCUGUGGUUGAUCCGAGCGUGGUGCACAAGGACGUGAGAGAUGUGCUGAAGCAGAAGCCUAAGGUGCUGCCGUUGUGGGAUCCUAUGGGUGCGUUGGCUUAG